AGUCGUGUGAGUUUAGUUGACUAUGAAUUAGACACUAAUCACCCACCACGAGACCAUUAUUUCUAAAACUGGGUACGUGCAUCCUCUGUUCACAUUGUAUAUUUUACAAAAACAUGGCCUGGUUACACCCCGCGUGUGGAUGUCCCACCCCCUUCAUUGCAAAAGUUAUAGCUGUAUGCGAUUUGAUUUUCGGACUCAUCGGAAUAUUUUGGUUCGUUUACAUUUUGGAAGGAUAUGAUCUUCUCAUGAAGGAACCUUCCUCCAUAUACGAGGCUGAGACUACGACGACGCUCCUGAUGACGACGUCCAAACCAAUUUCGACUGGAUUUAUUAAUGGUACAAAUUGGAAUAUGUCGACGAUAGUGACCUCAUCCUCAUCGACAUCUACCAGUCAUAGCCCCUUCGUGACAAUUACUUCCGGUGGGAUCAUGAUAAACGGGAAGAAUUGUAAUAUUAUCCUCUCCGCAUUUUACACGAUUGUCAACCUGGUGGCGUUCGUUCUCUUGUUAAGUGCAGCGAAUGAUAAAAAUAUUUGCAAACUAAAAACAUGGUUUGCCAUCCGACUUUCAAUUUUCACUUUGAAAUGCUUCCUCUAUGUGAUGUACAUCGUCGUUGGUGCGAGAUUGUAUGACCACAUCCCUCACAUGCUGUUCAUGUUGAUUCAUCUGUACGGUCUUUGGGUUGUUUACGUCUUCAUCCAUGAAAUUAGGGAGGAACGAAGGACUAAAAGACUGAGCAGUGGAGCUAGCAAUGUUCCAUAUACUGUGGAGAACAAGGCAGUCUAGUUAAUUAAGCAAAUGGCUUACAAUUAAUUUUUAUUCUUUAAGUUUGCCCUAAAACUACAAACUUGUCUAAUAAAAAAUUGUACAAAUGCAUUUCUUACAAUAAGAGUGCCUAAUUUUAAGGGAAAUUUUGUCAUGAAUAAUGGAUCAACGCUUCGGUUCGUCUUCUUCUGCAACAAUUUACACUGAAUCCCUUCAACUUUUUGUAUAUUGUAAAGUCUUUUGUACUAAUUUAUAAUCAAACUUUGUGCUCUUUACUUUGCUUUUGUUGGGCGUGAGGAGAGUUCUAAUUAUGUCAAAUUCACACAUUUUGUUAUACGCUUUGGGAUUGCAUGGCUAAACCAGAAAUUAGUUGAGGUAUUUGCAUCAUUGUCUGUGUAGAAUCCAAAUUGGCCCUCUUCCAGUUCCAGUCAGUUAUUUGAAGUGAAGGUGGAAAAACAGUGAGUUUUUUUGUUGGAAAUUUUUGUAAUUUUUGAUACCAAAAUGGGACUCCAUCCAACAUGCAACGUAAUAUCUUUGCAAAAAGGGGCAAAACUGAUGGCAUUUUUGGACAUGAUUUUAGGCCUCUUUGGCGUCAUUUGGUUCGUCGUCAUGCUGGGAAAGUACGACAUCAUUUCAUUAGACCCAUUUGAAUCCAAUAUGGACGGGAAUAAUACAAAGAUUUCAAAACUAGACGAAUUUCCCGAUGCCAUGUCCAACCGGAAAGUGUCAACAAAUCACAAAAUCAUAGGACUUACAUUAUCCGGUCUUUUUACUGCGAUAAACUUGCUCUUAUCUGUCGUGCUCCUGAUCGGAAUUCAUAAGAAACACGUUGGCCUUUGUCUCACCUGGUUCUACAUCCGAUGUGCCGUCAUGGUCUUUAAACUAAUAAUUUUCACCAUGUACCUGAUCGCUGGACGUCCUCUAUUUUCACAAAUCCCUUUCAUCGUCUUCAUGCUUAUCCACGCCUACGGUUUGUGGGUGGUCAACAACUAUAUCGAAGAAUUGAACGGCUUCAAAUACGAGAAGGAACUGACCGCGAGACAAAUGCGGAGCAGGGAUGAGAGCGUUUGUUCCGUGUCAGAACGGGUCAAUGGGAUUGAAAAGUUAGCCAAGAAGCGGAAAGAACAGUAUGAAAUGGGCAAAGAAGGUCAAGGAGAACACAACGAAGGAUGUGUUUAGAAUAUAAAAAUAAAUAAAAAAUCUUGAUUUUAUGUGUGUUUAAAAAAAUACACAAUCACGUAAUCAGUUUUCAUACUGAGGCUGUUUACGUCACUGGAAUUAAUUAUGGAUGCUAAAUGCUAAUUUUAUGCUUUUCUAAUUAAAGGAAGAAUCUAAUUAAAAUUUAUGAUGCGCUUUAGUUUUACUUUAACUUGGCAGUUCACCAAAGUUCCAUGCAUGCUUUUAGAACAUAUCGAAUACGGAUAAAUACAAUUUAUCUCUGGCUUUUACAAAAUAA